AUGCUUGGUUUGGCCAAGAGAGUCGGUGCCAGAUUUCUCCUGACGAGCACCAGUGAGGUUUACGGUGACCCUCUCCAGCAUCCUCAGGUUGAGACUUACUGGGGCAACGUUAAUCCCAUCGGUGUUCGUAGUUGCUACGACGAAGGGAAGCGUACGGCAGAGACGCUUACCAUGGACUAUCACCGUGGUGCCAAUGUUGAGGUCAGGAUUGCUAGGAUCUUCAACACCUACGGUCCAAGAAUGUGUAUCGAUGAUGGUCGUGUUGUCAGCAACUUCGUUGCGCAGGCACUAAGGAAAGAACCAUUGACCGUUUAUGGUGAUGGGAAGCAGACAAGGAGUUUCCAGUUUGUUUCUGAUCUGGUCGAAGGUUUGAUGAGAUUGAUGGAAGGAGAACACGUUGGGCCGUUUAACCUUGGUAACCCUGGCGAAUUCACCAUGCUCGAGCUAGCUAAGGUGGUUCAAGAGACGAUUGACCCGAACGCAAACAUAGAGUUUAGACCAAACACAGAAGAUGACCCUCACAAGAGAAAGCCUGACAUCACCAAGGCCAAAGAGCUUUUAGGUUGGGAACCAAAGAUCUCUCUUCGUCAGGGACUCCCUCUCAUGGUCAAAGACUUCCGUCAACGUGUCUUCGGUGACCAGAAGGAAGGCUCUUCCAUGGCUACAACCACCACCAAAACAACCUCAGCUUGA